GGCCGCUAGAACUUUACAGAGUACGGCAAAAUCGCAACCAGGCCUAAAUUUACAAUUGACUUGCUCCAGGGUGCUCUGCACUAUCUAGUAGACUAGAACUAGACCAAUCUCCAUCUCCCCACGGGUCUGCCGUUCUCCUCAUACUUUUCGGUAGGCAGAGUCAGGAUAAAUCGGGUAAUAGAAACAAAAGAAUGUGAAUGGCUUCCAGGUAACAUGGCCGGGGAUUGAGGGCUGAAUGGAGCGGAGCGCCCACCCUGCCGGCAGCCUACUACACCGGGCUUGCAGCGACUGACUGGUGGUUGGCAAAAGUAUGGUACAGUAACUAUGGGAUGCGAGUGAGAAAGAGUUCAUUCGAAAUGGCUGCGGCACGCCAAUUGACCGGUGUCCCAGCCCUCCCUGUCUACAAUUACAGUAGCAUGGUUGGAGUGAUUAGAGGUUGGAUGCGCAGUCCAAUCCAAAUUUGAUCCCAUCCGAACCGAACGAUGCAACAAAAUCCGUGACUUGGCUUGUCGAUGGGGGGAGGAGACAUUUUGUUUUUUUUUUCUCUCUCUUGAGGUAGCCCACGCACUUCUGGUCUUGUCUAAAGCAUUCACGCUCUAGGAUUUUCACACUACACAAUGAUCAGUUAAUUCAUCAACCAAAGAAAACUGCGUCUGUUUUAUUUGGCCACUUUUGUUUUGGACGUGCUUGCUGUUGCCCUUUUCACCCUCGCGUCACCCUGUGCACCUUCCUCUAAUAAACGACACACCGACGUCGAGACGGGCUCCCUCCUUGGACGCUACUCGAGGGGGGUUUUUUUUUUCUCUCCCUCUAUUAUUUUUUCUCUGUUUUUAGGCCGGUGGCUCCCGCAGUCCCGCACCGAAAAGACCCCAAGCGGCCACAGCAAACCCAGUGCAAUCCGACGCCAUUCAUAGGACAGUGCCUUUACUCACCACCUCACUGCUCCUCACAUCUCGACGCCCUGAGAACCCGCACCUUCAACCUUUACUUGCACAUCCACCUACACAACCUGUCUACACAAAAGUCGACCACCUACGAAGCCCCGUCUUACGGUUGCACGGCAAUCGACUGCCCAAAGAGCCUUUGCUGGCUGCAGAAGAAUGUCGACUCCAACAACUGCAACUGCGACUCACCCUCAAAGCCACUAUCACUACGGCGCUCCGUUCUCCCACCCGCAUCAGCACCAACAGUACCAUUCGACCUCGACGGGCCAGUACGUUUUGCCUGCCCCAACAGCAACGACACGGUUGCCGCCUAUAAAGAACAUACACGCUCCUAAAUCAGCCAACGGCCACGCGAGCCCACAUGGGCCGCCGGUGACCCUAUCUUCGGGAACAUCGGCCACAAUUUCUACAUCUCGCUCCGAGUACACAUCAACGGUGAUGCCCUCAACUACAACGACUGCUACAAUUACAAGACCUGAAGCAAUGGACGCCGCAGGUCCGCGAAAAAGGAGGCGUUCAAAGGGUCCCGACUGGGAUAACUUCUACAAGAAUGGACUACCUCGGGAGGUCAUCGUCAUUGACGACGACUCAGAGCCUGAAGUCCUGUUACAGUCGACCGCCCCCGGUUCAUCACGCACAAUAAUUAAUGGCCACGCUACCCGUGCAAACGGCAACGGCCACACACAUACGAAUGGUGCACCCGCCAACUCCAGGAGUCAGCAUACCGCCAAGAGGAGACGGCGAGACGGCGAGCCAUCGGCUCACUACGACCCGGUUCAUAACCGAGUUGUUGGUUCGCAUACAAACACCCCAACUUCGACAAUAUCGAGCGAUCGCACAACCUCAGCUAUCGCCACCACGGCUCCGACUUCCCUAGGAUCUAGUUCCUCAAAUGGGCAUUACGAAGAUGCAAACGCUGGCCAAAAGCGUAAGAGGACAACGCGACAGCAGGCGGGUCAGGCGAAGAGAAGAGAGGCUGCUCUGUACGGCGAUGCUGCCUACACUAACUACCAACCUCCGGCGAAACCCAUAAAGAAGGCCCCUGAGGUCAGCGUCAGAGUCGUGCACGAUCCCAACCUGAAGAACCUCAAGGUUGACGACGAAGACGGACACUACAUUGUUGUACCCGAUGCAGAACUCACAGAAGACUAUCAAAUGAUCAAACUUCUAGGCCAAGGAACGUUUGGCAAGGUAGUUCAAGCCAGGGAUCGCAGGAGAAAUGAACUUGUGGCCAUCAAAAUCAUCAGAUCGGUCCAGAAGUACCGAGAUGCCUCGAGGAUUGAGCUGCGGGUAUUGCAGACACUGAAACUAAACGACCAAGAAAAUCGGAAUCGAUGCAUCCAUCUCCGAGACACCUUCGACUUCCGCGGCCACAUCUGCAUAGUCAUGGACCUUCUAGGCCAGAGCGUCUUUGACUUUUUGAAGAGCAACCAGUUUACGCCUUUUCCUAACAGUCAAAUCCAAAGCUUUGCUCGACAGCUGUUCACCAGUGUGGCUUUCCUUCAUGAUCUCAACCUCAUACACACAGAUCUUAAACCCGAAAACAUCCUGUUGGCUGAUGCGACUUACCAGACGUUCACGUACAACCGCAAAAUUCCAAGCUCAUCAACGACAGUUGGCAGGACUGCAACCCAGCGCAAAGUUCUUCUGGACACAGAGAUCAGGUUGAUUGACUUUGGGUCUGCCACAUUCCAGGACGAGUACCACUCAUCAGUGGUGUCCACAAGGCAUUACAGGGCUCCUGAGAUCAUUUUGGGCCUUGGCUGGUCAUUCCCUUGCGACAUAUGGAGCAUAGGUUGCAUUCUUGUCGAAUUCUUUACUGGUGACGCUUUGUUCCAGACACACGAUAAUCUCGAGCAUCUGGCCAUGAUGGAGGCCGUUGUCGACCGCAAAAUCGACACACACCUGGUCCAGCAGGUUCAUCGCAACACAAGAAGCGGACCUAACCCAGCGACCAAAUACUUCAAACGAUCCCGUCUUGACUUCCCCUCGGUUGAUACGCAACGAGCCUCGAAAAAAUAUGUGAAGGCUAUGAAGAAGCUUCCAGAUAUCAUUCCAUGUCAGAACACAUUUAUGAAACAAUUCCUCGAUCUCUUGACCAAAAUAUUCGUAUACGACCCAGCUCGCCGUAUCACGGCCAAGGAAGCCCUGCAACACCCUUGGUUUAGGGAGGUUGCACACCCAGAUGACGGUUCCGAAGCGGCCAGGAUCCGGGCUGAGAGAAUGAGCAAAAACGAGCUCCACACGAGGCAAGCCGAGCGACAAGAUUAACUGUGGAGGUAAUCCGAGGCUACGAACUCAUGGAAGAGGAUCAGUAUAGGCUACUUUUCUUUUCACAGUAGAGAUAAAUUGCUCUAAAGACUUUGGCAACUUUGUCACGUUGUGUAUAAGGGAAGCACGUCCAGAGGCGAUGGAUCACUGUUGGCAAGCCCCUAAUCUUGCUCUGUUUUGUGCUCCUCUGGGUUGGAAGAUGAAGGACAACAAAAACUUAGGAUUUUUUUUUUAUUUUUUUCUUGGCGGGUUUCUUUGCUUGUUUGCGGGCGUGCCUGAAAUGUGACCGCAAUCGGUGGAGUUGUUUGGGGACUGGUUUUCUUGUUAUUUUUCUUGGGAAUACAGUCUUGUUAACUAUGGAGUAAAGGUGAAUGGCAGGAGAAAUUGGGUUAUUCAUCAGCAAAGCGGCGGGAAUCCACCUAACUAGGGAUUCUCUUAGCUCUAGGCCAACAUUGUCAGCCAUGUCGAUACGAGACCGAGCGCUCAUUCAGCGAAGGCAUAUACUACUACAUCAUAAACCCAGACCAUCCAUCACUCUUUGAACUUUCAAGAAUUCCAAGACAGACAUCACCAAGCCAUCCGAUCAAGGGUCAUGGCGAAGGAAUUAGCUGUGAUGGAUGGCCGAUUUGCCUUGCCCAACUUAUUCGUGCUUCAUUGCAACUAUCCCCGAGUGCUCUAGGGAAAACGCCAACAGUUGGUUCGUUUUCAGCAGGGCAGAUCACCCAACACCACCGUAUGCAAAAGCUCUGAGCAAGCUUCGAGACCGGUGUUCGGGCAUGCCAAGGUUGCAGGAAAUCGCCAGCAAUGAUAUAACGUUAACAUACAGGUCCCGAUAGGAUACUGCGGCUGCCGUGGAUUUGUCGACAAAGAACGGAGACACAAUGCCUUUCAUCUGUGACUCUGAAGAAGACCAAAGGCCGGUCGCUUUGGACAAAGAUGAAGUUGAUCUUUGUCUCGGCAUGUAGUCCAGGUCCAGAAGACGAAGACAAAGCAAACACCCACAAGUUGCAAAAGCUUUUAAGGCAGUGCGAUAGAACCACCAAGCUCCAUAGCGACAAUAUGUUAUGAACAUUUUACAAUCGGAAAAAGAGUGUUAGUGUGAAAGACAUACCGCAUAUCAAUACACACAUACAUACACAUACCCAUUUACACCUAUAUAUACGGGCAUCCCCGAAGACAUCGAAGCACCUGGGCAUUGUCUUGUGCAGUCUAUACCCG